UGUGGUGGUGGUGGUGGCGGCGGCAGCGGCGGCAGCCUCAGCUCCUGCUCCCCGUGCCGCCGGCCCCAGCGCUGUCUCCCGGGCCCCCUAGGGCCCCCGGGCCCUCAAGCCCGGUGCGCGCCCUCGCGUCCCGCCGGCCCCCUCCCCCGGCUGGGCCCGGGGGAGGGUGGCGCCGUGAGAGAGCGGGGACCGGGCUCUCCUGCCCGUUCCCCUGCCCCUGGGCCGCCAGGAUGGAGGCGGGGUCGGGGCCCCCGGGCGGCCCGGGAUCCGAGAGCCCAAAUCGGGCCGUGGAGUACCUGCUGGAGCUGAACAACAUCAUCGAGAGCCAGCAGCAGCUGCUGGAGACCCAGCGGCGGCGCAUCGAGGAGCUGGAGGGCCAGCUGGACCAGCUCACCCAGGAGAACCGCGACCUGCGAGAGGAGAGCCAGCUGCACCGCGGGGAGCUGCACCGGGACCCCCACGGCGCGCGGGAUAGCCCGGGCCGCGAGAGCCAGUACCAGAACCUGCGCGAGACCCAGUUCCACCACCGCGAGCUGCGGGAGAGCCAGUUCCACCAGGCGGCCCGGGACGUGGGCUACCCGAACCGGGAAGGCGCCUACCAGAAUCGGGAGGCUGUGUAUCGGGACAAGGAGCGGGACGCCUCCUACCCGCUCCAGGACACUACCGGUUACACAGCCCGCGAGCGUGACGUGGCCCAGUGCCACCUGCACCACGAGAACCCAGCCCUGGGUCGCGAGCGUGGCGGGCGGGAGGCCGGGCCGGCGCACCCGGGCCGCGAGAAGGAAGCGGGCUAUUCGGCGGCAGUGGGCGUGGGGCCGCGGCCACCGCGGGAGCGGGGCCAGCUGAGCCGUGGCGCAUCCAGGAGCUCCAGUCCCGGCGCCGGCGGAGGCCACAGCACUAGUACCAGCACCAGCCCGGCCACGACCCUCCAGAGAAAAUCUGAUGGUGAGAAUUCCAGAACAGUCAGUGUGGAGGGUGAUGCCCCAGGCAGUGACCUGAGCACAGCGGUUGAUAGUCCUGGGAGCCAACCCCCCUACCGGCUGAGCCAGCUGCCCCCCUCCAGCAGCCACAUGGGGGGCCCCCCUGCUGGAGUGGGCCUUCCCUGGGCUCAGCGGGCACGCCUCCAGCCAGCCAGUGUCGCCCUGAGGAAGCAGGAGGAGGAGGAGAUAAAGCGCUCCAAGGCCCUAUCGGACAGCUAUGAACUCUCCACAGACCUGCAGGACAAGAAGGUGGAAAUGCUGGAGAGGAAGUAUGGGGGCUCCUUCCUGAGCCGCAGAGCUGCCAGGACCAUCCAGACAGCCUUCCGCCAGUACCGCAUGAACAAGAACUUUGAGCGGCUACGCAGCUCAGCCUCAGAGAGCCGCAUGUCCCGCCGCAUCAUCCUUUCCAACAUGCGGAUGCAAUUCUCCUUUGAGGAGUAUGAGAAGGCACAGAACCCCGCGUACUUCGAGGGCAAGCCUGCCUCGCUGGACGAGGGUGCCAUGGCUGGUGCCCGGAGCCACCGGCUUGAACGGGGGCUCCCAUAUGGGGGCUCCUGUGGUGGGGGCAUCGAUGGUGGUGGAAGCUCCGUCACCACAUCUGGAGAGUUUUCUAAUGACAUCACAGAACUAGAGGACUCCUUCUCCAAACAGGUAAAGUCUCUGGCUGAAUCCAUCGACGAAGCCCUGAACUGCCACCCGUCAGGGCCCAUGUCUGAGGAGCCAGGGUCAGCCCAGCUGGAGAAGCGGGAGUCAAAGGAACAGCAAGAGGACAGCUCGGCCACAUCCUUCAGUGACCUUCCCCUCUACCUGGAUGACACAGUUCCCCAACAAUCCCCUGAGCGACUGCCCAGCACAGAACCCCCACCCCAGGGCCGGCCCGAGUUCUGGGCGCCAGCCCCUCUCCCACCAGUUCCUCCACCAGUGCCAUCAGGAACCCGGGAAGACGGUAGCCGUGAGGAAGGCACUCGCAGGGGUCCCGGGUGCUUGGAGUGCCGGGAUUUCCGGCUGCGGGCCGCCCACCUUCCCCUGCUUACCAUUGAGCCUCCUAGUGACAGCUCCGUGGACCUGAGUGACCGCUCAGAUCGCGGCUCUGUCCACCGCCAGCUGGUGUAUGAGGCUGAUGGCUGCAGCCCCCAUGGGACCCUGAAGCACAAGGGGCCACCAGGCAGGGCCCCGAUCCCACACCGCCACUACCCAGCCCCUGAGGGCCCAGCCCCAGCCCCACCAGGGCCCCUGCCACCAGCCCCCAACAGUGGCACUGGGCCCAGUGGUGUGGCUGGGGGUCGGAGGUUGGGGAAGUGCGAGGCAGCAGGCGAGAACUCUGAUGGUGGAGAUAAUGAGAGCCUGGAGAGCUCCAGCAAUUCCAAUGAGACCAUCAACUGCAGCUCCGGCUCCUCUUCUCGGGACAGUCUAAGGGAGCCUCCGGCCACCGGCCUGUGCAAGCAGACUUACCAGCGGGAGACAAGGCACAGCUGGGACUCGCCAGCUUUCAACAAUGAUGUCGUCCAGAGGCGGCACUACCGAAUUGGCCUCAACCUUUUCAACAAGAAGCCAGAGAAGGGUAUCCAGUAUCUGAUCGAGCGGGGCUUCCUGUCAGACACACCGGUGGGAGUGGCUCACUUCAUCCUGGAGCGGAAAGGCCUCAGCCGGCAGAUGAUAGGGGAAUUCCUAGGGAACCGGCAGAAGCAGUUCAACAGAGACGUGUUGGACUGUGUGGUGGAUGAGAUGGACUUCUCCUCCAUGGAUCUGGAUGAUGCACUCCGGAAGUUCCAGUCCCAUAUCCGGGUUCAGGGUGAGGCCCAGAAAGUGGAGCGACUCAUCGAAGCCUUCAGCCAGCGGUACUGUGUCUGUAACCCAGCCCUCGUGCGCCAGUUCCGGAACCCAGACACCAUCUUCAUCCUUGCUUUUGCCAUCAUCCUCCUCAAUACCGACAUGUACAGUCCCAGCGUCAAGGCUGAACGAAAGAUGAAACUAGAUGACUUCAUCAAGAACCUGAGAGGGGUUGACAAUGGUGAAGACAUCCCCCGAGACCUCCUGGUGGGCAUCUACCAGCGCAUCCAGGGGCGUGAACUGCGGACCAACGAUGACCAUGUGUCCCAGGUGCAGGCUGUGGAGCGCAUGAUUGUUGGAAAGAAACCAGUCCUGUCUCUCCCUCACCGUCGACUGGUUUGCUGCUGCCAGCUCUACGAGGUGCCAGAUCCAAACCGCCCCCAGAGGCUAGGGUUGCAUCAGCGAGAGGUCUUCCUCUUCAAUGAUCUCCUUGUGGUCACCAAAAUUUUCCAGAAGAAGAAGAUCUUGGUGACGUACAGUUUCCGUCAGUCUUUCCCCCUCGUGGAAAUGCACAUGCAGCUCUUCCAGAAUUCAUAUUACCAGUUUGGGAUCAAGUUGCUGUCUGCAGUACCUGGUGGGGAGCGAAAAGUCCUCAUCAUCUUCAAUGCCCCCAGCCUCCAGGACCGGCUGCGCUUUACAUCCGACCUGCGCGAAUCCAUUGCGGAGGUGCAGGAGAUGGAGAAAUACCGUGUGGAGUCGGAGCUGGAGAAGCAGAAAGGUAUGAUGCGGCCUAACGCCUCACAGCCUGGAGGGGCCAAGGACUCAGUGAAUGGGACGAUGGCCCGCAGUAGCCUGGAGGACACUUACGGGGCAGGCGAUGGGCUCAAACGGGGCGCACUCAGCAGUUCCCUGCGAGACCUCUCUGAUGCAGGGGUCUGUUAUUAGCAGUCCACGCCCUCACCAGAGGAUGCCACCUCCGCCCCCACCCCCGCCGCCAGAGGAGUACAAGAGCCAGAGGCCCGUCUCCAACUCCUCAUCCUUCCUGGGCUCCCUAUUUGGAAGCAAGCGGGGCAAGGGGCCCUUCCAGAUGCCACCACCGCCAACAGGCCAGGCCUCUGCCUCCUCUUCAUCUGCUUCUUCCACGCACCACCACCACCACCACCAUCACCACGGCCACAGCCACGGUGGCCUGGGGGUGCUGCCUGAUGGGCAGUCCAAGCUCCAGGCCCUGCAUGCCCAGUAUUGCCAAGGACCAGGCCCUGCCCCGCCACCCCACCCCCCCCCCCCGCAGCCCUCUCUUGCCCCACCUCCCCAGCAGCCCCCACCCUUGCCCCAGCUAGGCUCCAUUCCACCGCCUCCCGCCUCAGCCCCACCUGUGGGGCCACAUCGCCACUUCCACGCCCAUGGCCCAGUCCCAGGGCCCCAACACUAUACCUUGGGCCGGCCAGGCAGGGCACCCAGACGGGGGGCUGGAGGACACCCUCAGUUUGCUCCACAUGGCCGCCACCCCCUGCACCAGCCCACGUCCCCACUGCCCCUGUACAGUCCUGCUCCCCAGCACCCUCCAGCCCACAAACAGGGCCCUAAGCACUUCAUCUUCAGCCACCACCCACAGAUGAUGCCAGCGGCAGGCGCGGCUGGGGGCCCUGGAUCCCGGCCACCCGGGGGCUCCUACUCCCACCCCCACCACCCCCAGUCACCAUUGUCACCCCACUCACCCAUCCCGCCCCACCCCUCCUACCCACCCCUUCCCCCACCCUCCCCCCACACCCCGCACUCACCCCUUCCGCCCACCUCCCCCCAUGGCCCGCUGCACGCCUCUGGGCCCCCUGGCACAGCCAACCCCCCCAGUGCAAACCCCAAGGCCAAGCCAAGCCGGAUCAGCACCGUGGUCUGAUGAAUGGAGAGAGUGAGCUGGGGAACAGGAAAGUCUGGGGAACCACAGGAGAGGGACCUUACACCCUCUUUGCUUCCUCGGUUUUUUCAAAAACAUAUAUACACAUAGCAACGUCCUCCUCCCCAUGUCCUCCCUGCCUUGGGACCCGCCCCCUCACCCCCAGCAGUUGCCAUGGGGUUUCCUUCCAGAUUCGAGGAUCCUUGCCACUUGAAGCCUGGACUCAGGGUGCUCCAGCGCUGGGGAGUGGUGAGGGCCUUCCAGAGAUCCUCGUUCUCUUUCUCCUGUCUUCUUCUUCCCCACUUUUCCCUGGAGGUCUAGCUCUGUGGCCUCAGACCUCUGGGCCUACGUGAGCUCCCUGUCAGCUCUGGCUGGCGGAGAAGGGCAGGUGUCCAAAGCUGUGGAGGUGAAGGCUUCCUCGGGGCUCCUCUGGCCGUGUGGGGCUAGGAGAGCGCUCUGUAGAGUUGUGGCCAAACCUCAGCUGGCUUGGCCCCCUCUCUCUGACCUCAGGGCCCGGCCACACACUUCCAUGUGUCUUCUUGCCUGCUGGAGGACACGGACCGUCGAUUCACUCGGUGGGUGGGACCCUGCUUAUGUUGGCCCCACGUGGGGCAGUGCUUCCUCUCUCGAGCCAGUCUAUGCCCUUUCUCCAGUAGGCCCCAGCCCAGACCUCUUUGGCUUCAGGAACUUGCCUCGCCCUGCAAUGUUCUUAUCCUGAUCAAAGUCCAGACAGGUUUUGGGGGGGCUCAGGUCUGGGAUGAGAAGGGCACUGCCCUCCCUCACCCAUAUUGCAUGCCCCCCCCCAUUCCCUUACACCUACCCCACCUACAACUGAAGACAAUGCACUUUACAGAUAUCGCCCACACACACCUCGCUGGGGCAGGGCACCCAGCAUCAGCCCUGGGGAGAGAGGCUCCCAAAGGGCCACCAUGAGCCCAAGAUGUCCUUCCUGAGGCAGAGAUUGAAGCCAUCAGAGCUGGGGUUGGGAGCCAGAAUGCCUGAGUCCUUCUGUCCAUCAGAAUCUCCGCUGCCUCUCCAGCCCUUUUGCAGCCCUGUUUAUUUAUUAUAAAUAUAUUUUUUACAAGCCCCAGCUCCUCUUCUUGCCCCGCAUAUCCAGCUCCUCACUCAGCUCCUGUCCCCCUCUCCCCUCUCCACCAUGGGCUGCAGUACAGACAGACAGAGGAACCCUGGCUGUACAAAGGGCCAGGGCCACUGGAGCUUGGGGGGGAGGGGGGAGGGUGACAGUGGGAGGGGCUGUAUGGAGAGGAGCUGGGGUUCAGGCAUUGUCUUUUUUCCUCCUUGUACAUAAGAAUGUAUAUUUGAUGCCUCAUAAAAGACCUCGUGCUCACC